AUGCGCCACUCUUCUCUUGCAUCCGUCCUCACUCCAGCAGCCAUGAGCGACUACGCCUUUGUCUCGGGCGGGUCACUCAAGUUCAAGGGCGGUGCGGACACAAAGAAGAAGAAGAAAAAGUCCCACUCGUCUUCAGAUCGCUCCAAAAUCGACUCUGAAAUCAAGCUCAAGGAUGGCGGCAGCGGCAAGGGAAAGGAGAGGGAGACGUUGGGGAGUGCGGAGGCUCAUGGUUCCCGCUCAGAAUCGCAUUCAAGAUCGCCCAUGCCCGAGAGGAGGGAGGAGCCAAAGAUGACGGAAGCCGAGAGACGCUUCUUGGAACAGCAGAAGAAGAGGCGACAAGAAAGAGUAAAGCAAACAGCAAAGAUGACCCACAAAGAGAGGGUGUCCGAGUUUAACGCCAAGUUGGAUUCUCUCAGGUGAGCCUUGUUGGUCGAAUUCACCUCUCGAAUGAAUGCUAAUGUUGGUCCUAGUGAGCACCACGACAUGCCUCGUGUAAGUAUCGAUGAAAUUAGAUCGAACAGUACCAUGUUCACGAGGCUGAUGUUGUGUCUAGAUCGGCCCCGGGUAAUAUCAAUCGCCAUCUGGAAGUCUAUCAAGAUUUUUUGUACUCUACAUGCAUGUAUGUUUGAUCAUCGCUG